GCUCUCCGUGCAUGUUCGCUGUCGAGUAGCUCCCGACGCUUAAACAGUGUAUGCUCGUGAAAGCGUGGCAUCAUUGUUUUCUUCAUUCUUGCUCGGUAGAAGUAGUUUUUCUUUUUUUUUUGCUAAAGUUUCGCGAAAGGAUCAUGAGAUUACUUUGCAAAUUGUUCGCCCCGAAUUUUACUUCACAUGCGACUUCGAAUCGACAUAAGCAUUUUCUGUGAUCUCGAAAUUUCGGUAACAACGCCGACGUUUUUAUACUCGCACCUACAUAGCUUAUGGCUCAUUUCCUGCAGGUGAGCGCUUUCUUCUACAUAAGUCACUAGCGCGGGAGCUGGACGCUGUCUGCAGCAAACGGGUGUCGGCAUUGCCUCGAGCAGGCUUUAAGUGACCAGAAAGAGUAUGUCAUCGGCUGCUACCGAGAAAUGGGUCUUCGCUCUUCAGCUUCCAGUGAAGGCCGCGCACUCUGACUGUUGACACUACGGCCGAGAAUCAGCCGUCGUUGCUGACCUGCAGCGAAGAAAAACCUCGGUGGUACUUGAGUCUACCCACCGGAGCAAGAUGAGCCCCGUCGCGUGUACAUCUUCGCUAUCGACCACGGGUGGACUGAGGCUGAAGAGAAGAACGGUAUUCUUAGUCGUGAGCGCAGCUGUAUUGCUCGCCGAGGCGAGCAUCUGGGGACACGCUUCGGUCGACGUGAUUCGCAUCGGUGUAGCCUACGAUCAAGGCAACUCUCUAGAGGAGCAGAGACUGCUGUCGCAGGCGCUGGAAAGAGUAAGGCUGAACAUCAGUGCGACACCAAACGUUGCCUCUGAAAAUAUCAGCCUUGCUACCGUAAACCUGAAUGCGGAAGACAUCCUGCGCUCGGCAAAAAAAUUGUGCGGACUCCUGGAGCAAGGUGUUCUGGCAGUACUGGGACCACUGGAACCCGAAACAUCUUCGCUGGUACGCACCGCUUGCUUCAGGCACCGGAUUGCACACUUCUACUCCCACCGUGACGAAGAUAAGCAAUCGCGAAUCGCUCCCGACUCGGUAUCCAUCACGCUUUCGCCUUCGCCCGUGGAGCUCAGCAAGGCUCUUCAGGAUCUUGUUGAAGCACAACGAUGGAACCACUUCACCAUAAUCUACGAGAGGCCAGAAGCUCUGCUAGGACUACGUGGGCUCCUCAACCUGCGAUCGUCGUCUGACGGCAAGCCGGUGCCGGUGUCCCUUCGAAUGCUGCCAGCAAACGAAGACCCAAGACCAUUGCUAAGGGAAACUGCCAACUCUGGAGACAGCAACGUUGUCCUCGACCUUGCCGCCGAGAGACUUGCCGAGGUUCUAGGAGUGGCGCAGAAAGUAGGACUUAUAACCGAGUACCACAGCUACAUUGUGACGACACUGCAGGAUAUGCAUACCCUGGACCUCACGCACUUCCACAAUUCGGGCACCAACCUGACUGGCUUCGAACUGCUGAACAGGGAGUUGUGGGAGCAAGACAUCGGUGCGGUACGUGAGGCGUACGCUCACAAAGGGCUUUACCCCAUUUUCCUAGGCCAUAGAUCGUCCAGGAACCCUGUCCGGACAGAUGCUGCACUCGCCCAGGACGCAGCAAACCUCCUGAUAAGAGGAGUGCAAAGGUUGGCCGCCACGGGAAAUCUAAGCCGACCCGCAAUAGUUCGCUGCAGAGGCGAACAUUCAGCUGAGGCCUGGGAACAAUCGAAUCGGCUUGUGAAUGCUGUAAAAAAGACACAUUUCUCUGGCCUCACUGGUCCCGUCUGGCUGGAUCCCUUGGGUCGCCGACGCAAUAUUUCCCUCCACGUGGUGAAGCUCAAGCGAAGAGGUUUGACUGCGGUGGGAACAUGGAGCGCAUCCUCGGGUCUCCACAUCACGCGCACGGAGAAGGCAUUCCAGGAAGAAGUUCUGAGCACGCUGAGAAACAAGACGUUACGGAUUACCACAAUUCUCAACGCACCAUACAUGAUGCUGAAAUCGUCCGCUCACAAGCUUCGCGCCAAUGACCGCUUCGAGGGAUUUUGCGUUGACCUUCUUCGUGAAAUCUCUCGGCAUCUGGGCUUUCGUUAUCACAUCAAGCUGGUCAGAGAUGGUGCACAUGGUACUAAAGACGCCCAAGGUCGAUGGAAUGGUAUGGUCCGGGAACUAAUUGACAGGGAGGCGGACCUGGCAGUAGGAGACAUAACUAUUACGUCAGCACGGGAAGAAGCUGUAGAUUUCACGCUCCCUUUUAUGACGCUGGGAGUGAGCAUCUUGUUCAGCAAGAACCAAGAAGACCAUUCUCUUUUCUUCUUUCUCUCGCCGCUAUCUGUCGAUGUGUGGUUGUGUGUGGCCGCAGCACACGUGGUGAUAAGUCUGCUGCUCUGCUGCGUGACUCGUGUGCAAAGCUCCCGGUGGAGAGGCGGCAGAGAUGCCAAGACACAGUACUGCUGUGAAUGCCAGCAAGAACCAGCUCAUUGUUGUCAAGGCUGCGUCGAAGAAAAAAUGUGCGGUGGUGCGCAGCUCGACGUUAUUAAAGUGCAAGCUUAUCACAACAACCUCGUAAUCCACCACGGUGAGAAAAUAAGGGGUAGCAGUGAAAGUGUGGACUCGACAGAUAUUGUGAAGAAUAGGUUGACCCUGCUGAACAGCCUGUGGUUCACGAUCAGCUCCAUCAUGCAACAGGGAUGCGAACCUUUACCUAGGUCUACCUCGACGUGCAUUAUCUCUGCAACCUGGUGGCUCUUUUCAUUCGUGCUCGUCUCCUCCUACACGGCGAACCUGGCCUCAUUCUUGACCCGAGAGCGACUCAAGUCACCCAUAGAAAGCGUCGAGGACCUCGCGAAGCAGUCAGAUAUACAUUACGGAUGCGUGCGCUCUGGAUCAACGCAAGCCUUUUUUCAGGAGUCCAAGCACGAGACGUACGAGCGCAUGUGGCACGCCAUGAGAGACGAUCUGGUACCAUCGAACGCUAAAGGAGUUGCACGCGUGAAAAGUGGCGGUUACGCUUUCCUCAUGGAGUCCACGAGCAUCGAGUAUGUAGUCCAGCGCCAGUGUCAGCUAACACAGAUUGGUGGACUACUGGACUCUAAAGGAUACGGCAUCGCGCUGCCUCCAGGGUCACCGUACCGAAGCUUCUUUUCGUCAGCCAUUCUGCGCCUUCAAGAGAAUGGGACACUGCACGUGCUGAAAGAGCGGUGGUGGAAAGUACACAGCCCAAGCAGGCGCUGCGCGGAGGAGGAUGGCCCGUCUAGGCCAGGUUCUGCCAGUGAGCUGGGCUUGCCUAAAUUGGGUGGCGUUUUCGUUGUCCUCCUUGCUGGCCUCGGCGUUGCUUGCAUCAUAGCCUUCGCCGAAUUCUUCAUAAAGGCACGCUCUGCUCGCAGUUGACUGGCAACUUAGGGCGGACUUGCCACAGUCAAGGAAGUGUUGGUGGUACCCCUGGCGGAGAAGAUGUCGAUGUAGGCAUAACUACUGAGGGAUACAAGAAAACCGGCUGGUGCUCUGCAGACAUCCUUCUCGAGGAGAAAUGGCUCUGAUGUUUCAAAGAAUGCCUUUCUGACAGUUAAAACUAGAAAACAUAAAGCAUCAAUUUGUCUUAUGCAUUCGAAGUCCCAAGGAGCACGAAUGACGAAAUGCUUUGUAUAAAAAUAUCAUA